AAAAAUUUUCCUCCGUCCUUUUUUGACGUCAUGGAACAUCUGGUUAUCCACCUUCCGUAUGAGGCAAUGCUACGUGGACCUGUUCAUAAUGGAUGGAUGUAUCCUUACGAACGAGCUAUGAAAUAUUUGAAAGGCAAAGCAAAAAAUCUGGCAAGGGUGGAAGGUUCAAUAGUUGCUGGGAGUUUGAAUGAGGAAACAUCUCACUUUACGUCCUACUACUUUGCGUCACAAGUCCGGACCAAAAAAAAGAAUACGAGCAGAUAUGAUGAUGGUGGUGUUAUGCCGACAUAUAUUGUUGAAGAUGUUCCAGACAUAUUUACUCAGAUUGGACGGCUUGGUGGAAAACUAAAAGAAGUUUGGUGGUCAAGUUCUGAAGACGCACAUAGUGCCCACACAUAUAUACUUCUUAACUGCGAGGAGAUUGAAUCAUUUGAAAGCGAUUUUGUUGCCCAAGUCGAAGAAGCUAUACCAGGAAUAUCAACUGCUGAUCUCAACAAAAGGAAAGACCAACACUUUGUGAAAUGGUUAAAAACGCAGGUACGUCGUGUAUCUAAUUAAUUAACAUGAAAAUUAAUUAUAUGAUUGGUUAAGUCUUUAUACAAAUAAAUGUUGAUGUUCCAGGUUGAUUAUGAUGAUCAAUUUUAUCCUCAAUGGUUUCACGAAUUGAUACAAGGUCCGGUCGGUAAGGUCACCAUUGCAUCUAUGUAUUUCACAAGAGGAUACACUUUUCACACUUACGAAUAUGGAAGUCGACGAGCAACAAUGAACUAUGGAGUAUGUGUGAAAGGUGAAACAGAUUUCUAUGGAAUCUUAAAAGAGAUCAUCGAAGUGGAGUUCCCCGGUGUAGUGAAGCUGAAAUGCGUGCUCUUCAAAUGUGAUUGGUUUGACCCCACAGUCAAUAGAGGUGUUCGAUAUAGCAAGUUUGGUGUUGUUGAUAUAAAUGCUUCACGGAGGUACAACAAAUUUGAACCCUACAUAUUGGCUUCUCAAGCAGAUCAGGUUUGUU